UCGAGUGACGGAGUAGUAACACAGGCAAACACAUCAAGUCUAGAACACAACUAUGGGUAAUAGAAAGAUUUCACCUGACCUCAAGCUCGCUGCCAUCCGCCUUCACGAGCGGGGAAUUCUCACCACUCGCGAAAUACUUGAUUGUGUUGGUUUUUCGAGACGGACCUUCCUUCGAAUCUGCAAGCUCUAUCGUGAAACGGGUGACGUUGUCAAGCUACGUAGUGAAUACAUCGGCCGGCCGAGGGCUUUGAACCUUGAAGAUGUUGCAUACCUUACGGAGCUCAUUGCGCAUCGUCCCGAUUGGUUUCUCGACGAACUAGCUGGCCUCGUGCAACGAAACCGCUUCAUAUCACUCCACUACACAACAAUUCAUCGUGAACUUUGUCGUGCCGGUAUCUCACUCAAAAAGCUUCGCAAAGUUGCCAAGGAACGUAACGAGGAUGUCCGGGCUGACUUCAUGCGAAGGAUGGCACA